GUUAGCUCGCUCGCACCAGAGCUAGCAGCUAGUCGGUGGAGAGACAGCCAGCUGACGCAGCAGCAGCAGCUAGCGGUCCUUAGGAACUGGGUGUGAGCCUUCAGUGAUACUUAUUAUUAUUCACAAUGAAGAAAUUAAAAGAGCCCACAUCCUGACGUCUACAUUUUGGCCAAUGACCGUAUGUCGCGGUGUCGUUGACUGACAUGGACGCUAGUGACAACAAGGAUGUGAAGCUUUCAGCCGAAGUGGAACCGUUCAUCCCACAGAAGAAAGAUCUUGAAGGAUCCCUUGCCAGAAUGAGUCUUUCUGGAGAGGCAGGUGGAGGAGGAGGAGGAGGAGGAGGAGGGGGCGGAGGUUUAGGAGGAAAUGGAGGAGGCGUGGAAACCACUCCCAUACCCAGCUACCUCAUCACCUGCUACCCUUUCGUCCAGGAAAAUCAACCCAACAGGCAACAUCCUAUGUAUAAUGGAGGGGAGCUGCGCUGGCAGCAGCCUAACCCCAGCCCCGGAGGGUCAUACCUGGCUUACCCCAUCAUGUCUUCACCCCAGCCUCCUGUCUCCAAUGACUACGCUUACUACCAGAUUAUGCCUGCUCCCUGCCCUCCUGUGAUGGGCUUCUACCAGCCCUUCCAUGGAACCUAUGGUGGUCCUGUGCAAGCUGGAGUGGUCAACCCUGUCUCUGCAGAUGUUGCUGAAAGACCACUCUCUCUGGGGCCUGCAUACGGGAUGGGCAGGGGGAGAGGCAUGGCCCGACCGAAUGUUAUCCCAAAGCAACAGUUAGGUAUGUGCCUGCCUCCAAGAGGUCGCCGGCCUCCGACCAGGAGUGUGGCCGUUCAGAAGGAGGUGUGCACUUUGGGGCCUGAUGGGAGGACCAAGACAGUCAUGUUGGUGGAUGCAGCACAGCAAACCGAUUUCCAAGGUGAGUUGUCUGGGCGUUGUGCUGCUGAGCAAGCCAGUCCCCUGCUCUGGAAAAACCGAACCAAGAGAAGAAGGGCGUCCCAUCCCUCUGAGAGCUACGAGCAGGGAGCCAGCGAGGCAGAUAUAGACAGCGACAGCGGCUACUGCAGCCCCAAACACAACCAGGCUGCCGGGGUAACACAGCGAACAGCAGAGAGCUCAGCAGCUCCAGCAGGAGUGGAGGCUGGUGUAAUGAAAGCAGGUACAUGGGUUAAUGCAGCCUCUCAGGCUACCCAGAAGUCCUGGGGAGACAGGAACGGACACUUUCACAGAGCAGACCAGAGGAAACAUCCUGAACAGAGAAACUUCUCACAGGAUUUCCACAGUGGUUAUCAAGGGCGUUUGCCUCUGAACCAAUCAGAACACAGGAUGCAGCCAGCAGCUGUUACAGAGCUCACACCAGAGCCCCUCUACUUUGAGGAUGAAGAUGAGUUCCCAGAUCUGGCUACUGCAGGGGCGGCUCAACGCAGCAGCAAACCAGAGUCUGCUGCAGCGCAGACACACAUGCAUCCUAAGCUGCACAAAAACCUGCUGGAUAACCUGCCAGAAAACUCCCCUAUCAGCAUUGUGCAGACCCCCAUCCCGAUCACCACCUCUGUUCCUAAGAGGGCCAAAAGCCAGAGGAAGAAGGCUCUGGCUGCUGCCUUGGCCACUGCACAGGAGUACUCUGAAAUCAGCAUGGAACAGAAGAAACUGCAGGAGAAAUUCACUAAAGCAGCAGGGAAGAAGAGUAAAACCUCUGUGGAGCUGGACCUGGGAGACAUGCUGGCAGCUUUGGAGAAACACCAGCAGGCUAUGAAGGCCAGACAGCUCAACAACACCAAGCCAUUGUCUUUUACAGUUGGAACAACCACUCCAUUCCACAGUUCAGGCUCCACCAACAUGCCGUCCAUGUUGAAGGUCCAUCAGCAGACGUACACAGCCCCACACAACUCCCUGGACUCUACCGCGCCCCGUAUGAAGAGGGGAAAGGAGAGGGAGGUCCCCAAAGUUAAACGACCAACAGCCCUGAAAAAGAUUAUCUUAAAGGAACGUGAAGGGAAAAAAGGGAAACAGAGUGUAGAGCAAGAGACUUCAGGCCACGAGGAGCAGGGGGAUGAGUCUCUACAUUUUACUGAUGACAUUGCACGAGAGCCCGCCUCCCAAGAAGAAAAUGGUCUCAGUAUGCCCAGCGAUGCCUCCCUCUCCCCGGCCAGUCAGAACUCUCCUUACAGCAUCACCCCGGUGUCCCAGGGGUCUCCGGCCAGCUCCGGCAUCGGGAGUCCCAUGGCCUCGAACGCCAUCACCAAGAUCCACAGCCGACGUUUCAGAGAGUACUGUAACCAGGUGCUGAGUAAGGAGAUCGACGAGGGUGUGACGAUGCUGCUACAGGAGCUAGUUCGCUUCCAGGAGCGCGUCUACCAGAAGGAUCCCACCAAAGCCAAAUCCAAACGCCGCCUGGUCAUGGGUCUCAGAGAGGUCACCAAGCACAUGAAGUUAAAUAAGAUUAAGUGCGUCAUCAUCUCUCCCAACUGUGAGAAGAUCCAGGCCAAAGGUGGUUUGGAUGAAGCUCUAUACAACGUAAUUGCCAUGGCUCGGGAUCAGGAGAUCCCGUUUGUGUUUGCCUUGGGCAGAAAAGCUCUCGGACGCUGCGUCAACAAACUAGUGCCUGUCAGUGUGGUUGGGAUUUUCAACUAUUCAGGAGCUGAGGGUCUCUUUAACAGUUUAGUGUCUCUGACCGAAGAGGCAAGGAAAGCCUACAAGGAGAUGGUGUCCGCUCUGGAGCAGGAGCAGGCCGAGGAGGCUCUGAAAAAUGACAAGAAGGUCCCUCACCACAUGGGGCAUUCCCGCAACCACUCUGCUGCUUCUGCCAUCUCCUUCUGCUCCAUUUUCUCUGAGCCCAUCUCAGAGGUCAAUGAAAAGGAGUAUGAGACCAACUGGAGGAGUAUAGUGGAGACUUCCGAUGCCCUGGAGCCUAUUGAGGCUGCGCCCAGUCGUCCUGUGCCCCUAACAGCCGCACCCAAAGUCAGUGUGAACUCCGGAGCCUCCACCAGCACUGCCCACCCACCCACCACCGCCCCCCAGUCCAGGACCGCACCUUCAUCACUGACACAGGGUCCCAGUGAGAGGGACGAGGUGCGAGUGGACGACCGCUUGGAGCUGGCCUCUCAGCAGAGCACAGAGACGGGCUCAUUGGACGGGAGCUGCAGGGGCCCCUUGAACUCCUCCAUCACCUCCACCACCUCCACCCUGGUCCCCGGAAUGUUGGAGGAGGCGGACGAGGAGGAAGAGGAGGAGGACGACUACACCCCCGAACCUAUUUCUGUAGAAGUGCCCACCCUCAGCAGCCGCAUCGAAUCCUGGGUGUCAAAGACGCUGGAAAACCUGCAGCUGGGGAAGAGCCAGGAAAGUACGGAGGAGGAUGAGGAGGAGGAGGAAGAUGAAGAAGAGGAGAAAGCGCAGAGUGAAGAAGAGGACAUCGAUUCGGCGGACAUCGCAGACGAGAGGACGGAGGACAAAGAGGCAGUGGAGGUUAAGAAAGUCAGCGGUUGAUCUCCCCCCUCUGUUCAUACUCUCAUUUCCUCUGUCCCUCUCUCGUCCCUCUUCACAACAACCAGCAGCUUUUCCUCUCUCUCUCUCUCUCUCUCUCUCUCUCUCUCUCUCUCUCUCUCUAACCCCUGACACCAGACAUAAUCUCAGGUAUCCAACCAACUGACCAACACUCACAAGCAUUACACAGACACUGAUCGACUCACCGCAUCGCAGACCAAACAACAGCUAACACAGUCUGAGGGAUAGUAGUUCAGCAACACUCCUCUCGUAGUUUAAAAGGAUGCCCUCACUUCUUCGGCCCAUAACCUGCUACACUUGAAUCCAGAGGGAAGUUUUUCACUUUCCCCCUCCAAAGCUGAACUCUUUUUAGAGUCGGGGACGUUUCUAGGAGCAAGUGAUGAGUGCUAUCUGUGAGUGCUGUCUGAAGCUCACAGAGGAGGAAGGUUGGAACCUCUCAGCUCCCAUCUUCAUACAGAGCUCACACGGUUUACACCUCUUCAAGUAUUUGUGUGCGCGUGUGUGUGUGUGUGUGUGUGUGUGUGUGUGUGUGUGUUUACAGGCACAUAGUUAGCAUUUAUUUUCGCUAUGUUGUUGAGCUUUAUCUUUGUAAAUAAUGUGUGUGUUUUCCACCUGCUCCAUGUGGGAAGGAGAGACAUGCUUUUCUUUAUUAAUUUUUUGUGGGUGUUUUGCGUUGCUUACAGAAUAUGGAAGUGUCGGGGGGGUUUAUGUCUUUCUACCUAAAACCACUCCCACCCAUUAGUCUUCAGAGUGUUUUUUAAUGUUCAAAUAAUAAGUGUACCAUUCUGUAUUCAGACAAUUCAGAUGAUUAACUUCUAAGAAGCAAAACAAGCUUUGUGUAUAUAACUUUGUCUAUGUGGUUCUACUACAUUAUAUAAUGGUUUGUCAUAUUGAUCUUGCCGAGUGUGAAACUAUUUGGGUUGUUUGCCUCUGACUGGAAUCGUCUUGAGUUCCCAGAUGCUGUCUGUGCUUCAUAAAACAAAAUGCCCCUGAUGGGGUUUCUUCUCUGAUGGGUGGGCGCUCUCAAGCUGUCUUUUAAAGACUGAACCACAUCUUAGAAGCCCAAACUCCCAAAAGUCCUUUCAUCCAGAGAGACAUGUUGCAAUUUAGACACUGAAUUAAAAAAGUACAGGUUUGGACCUGACUGUGUAGUUUAUGACAUUAUGAAAGAAUCAGGGUACAGGACAUUUGCUCAAAUACAUUUUCCAAGUAUAUUUUCUUUAGUAAAUUCCACUUAAAUCAAAUUAACCUAUAGGAAAAGCAGGGGUUUACUGGUAUUCAUCAAGGUUUAGAAUCCCAAAAUUGAACAUUUGGAUAGGGUUGCUUGCAAAUGAAUCUUUUUUUAGAGUUCUUCUAGAUUUCAGAGACAGAUUUGUCUUUAUUUAAAGUCAGUUCCCCGAAGCUGAGAAAGCUCUGGCAUCAGGCAGGCACCACCAGAAGUCAAACAAGUCCUCACAAAGUCAUACAAAUACUAAUGAUAAACCCUUGUAAAUACAAGUGUACAAAAGAUAUUUUGAUUUUUCCAUUGUAUUGAAAAAUACAAUCAUCCUGUUCUUAAAGCCAUUUGAUAGUUUUAACUUUUAAACAGUUGGAAUCCAGUUUGAUAAUGGCAUUUGAUAGUGAAUCAUGGUGAGAUUUCAGCCAGCCAAUGACGAUGCGGUGUGUGUAAACGCAGUAUGCCCCGCUGUAUGCAAUGUGAAGCCCUGAGAUGGGAUGUGACAGUAUACUGAAUAUCAUACUUGGGACUAUGAAAGUAUUUCUAGUUUGAUUGCAGGUACCCUCUGUGUAGGCCUUUUGUUGCUAUGACUUCCAUCAAAGUGUUUGAAGUAUGUUUAAUUGACAGCAAGUGUGUUUCUUUGCACCAUGUAAAUACAGUACUGGUAAAGGUCUUGUAACUAAUGUGAACAAAAAACAAAAAAACGGUUCAAUGAAGUAAUUUUUUCAGCGUGUUCCUCGUCUUUAUAUGGAUAUUUAAGACCGUCUCCUGCAGACUCAUCACUAGCAACAUUGUUAUAGGCUGUUUCUCAUAAUCCUGUUAUCACUCUUAACCUAUAACUGAUGAUUAACAUCAUUAAAAUGUUGUUUAAGUAAACCAUUUAAA